ACCUAUGUGUAAAUGUAAGUUCAUUGGAGAGUUAUAGCCAGUACAGUUGUUUUGUCAUCUUCGAAAUUACUUUCUGCGCAAAAUUAAGUGAAAAUGUUAAAUACAAAAGUUAUCAUUUUGGCACUCGCUGGUGUUUUUGCAUUGAAAUUUGUUGACGCAGACUCGGGAAUCAAGUAUGUUAAGGCUAAAGAUACAAUUGAAAUGUAUGGACAUUUGGGUUCUCUUGGUCUUAGACUAUUGACGAUUGAUGACCUUCUACCUAUAAAAUCGCUAAUGAAUGUUACUCUAAGUGAAGAUCCUUUGUUUGUCGGAACGGGUAUUUCCACCGAUGAUGAAUCUCGUGAUUAUUUACGGGAAAAAUGGAUUUCAUAUAUAGCACAAAACAAAUCAUUUGUAUGGGUAGAAAAGAGUAAAAUGAUUGGUUUGAAUAUUCUUUAUGUAGAUGAUGGAUCAAGGACUUCAAUUCCGCACCGUCUUCUUCCAGAAUUGAGCUUGUACUACAAUAUAUUGUCUGACCCACAAUUAUCUUUUAAUAUGACUGAAAAGUAUGGAGUGGAUAGAUUUUUGAACAGUGCUGUUUUUUGGGUUAACAAAGAUUACCGUAAUCCGGAAAAUCUUCAGAAAAUGCUACAAUUCAGAGAAGCGAUUUGUGUGUUGAAUGGUAUUGGAGCAACAUCCGCCUAUUUUACAAUGGUUGAUGAAGGUUUUGAGGCUUAUAACGUUGGAUAUGAGACGGAUGGCCGCAUGAGUUAUACAAGUAUUGCUCAAAAAUAUGGAGGUUUCAAAACAUACAAGAUUCGUGAUUCGCUUUUUUUAACUCGCAAAACACUCAAAUACAUCAUUGAUUAAGAUUAAUCCAUGGUGGCUCUGAUUAAUACUAAAGCAAAUAUAACAUUGUAGAAGAAAAGAUAUUAAAUAAUAAAGUUUGCGUUGGUUUCAACUUUAUUCAAAACUUU